AGCUCUAUUGCAGUGCUGCUUUCAGGCAUUGUUUAGGACGUACUCGUGGGGCCUGAAGGGGCUUUUUUACGGCUACCAGAACAGUAGUUGAGAGUUCAACGGCAAAUUCCCAAGAUGCCGCCCAAAGGAAAGAAUUGUGGAAAAGAUGGGAAAGGAGGAGCAGCUGCUGGGAGUGAUAGUGCUGACAAGAAGGCUAAGGGUCCCAAAUGUGGUGGCAAUGCAGUAAAGGUGCGGCACAUUCUAUGUGAAAAACACGGCAAAAUUAUGGAAGCCAUGGAGAAGUUAAAGUCUGGAAUGAGAUUCAAUGAAGUGGCCACACAAUAUAGUGAAGAUAAAGCCAGGCAAGGGGGUGACUUAGGUUGGAUGACCAGAGGGUCCAUGGUAGGACCAUUUCAAGAAGCAGCAUUUGCCUUGCCUGUGAGUGGAAUGGAUAAGCCUGUGUUUACAGACCCACCAAUUAAGACAAAAUUUGGAUAUCAUAUUAUUAUGGUUGAAGGGAGAAAAUAAAAUUAUAUGAAAAUAA